AUGGAGUCCACCACCUUGGGAAGCUUCCAGUCCCGUCGCUCAUACCCAUCCCUCCGCCACAUCUCUCUAGCACCCUUAAACCCACGAUUUCCCAUUGAUGACGACACAGAUCCAACAGAUUACUUCAACAGCCGCGACCAUGAACUUCAGGCUAGCGGAACCCGCACGCCCCCAGCAUCAUCCUAUCUAUCAAGCGUCUCAGUUCCAAGCACGCCACCGAUCCUCUCGCACUCGCGCAGCAACUCGCGAAGCCGCCACACGCGCAGCAAGAGCUCUACAAGGGUAGGACCCCUAAGCGACACCAACCUACACAGCAGGGACCUAGGGCAUGCCCUGCACCACAUCCCAAAUACACACAAGAAACAUACCAACAUCUCGUAUUCGCAAGGACGACGCCCUCACCAAGAUAACACGCCGAAACCAAAACAUGACGCAGAAUGGAUGCUCCGCACAGGAAUCGCCCUAGCCUCCUCGACGCGCGAGGAAAAAGGCCAAAGCUGGCUCUCCAAGCGCGAGACAUCAACAAGUCUCGUCCCAGACACGCCCUUCGACGAACCAUCCACUAACCGUCGCCACCACCGCACCAAAUCAGGCGCCUCGUCACGCAUGUCCCGCUCCGGAGCCUCAACACCAGGAGCUGGCGCUCUCUCCCGCGCCGGUAGUAGACGCGUCAGCCGGCGUGGCAGUAGAGUCCAUCUAACCAUGACCACUCUCCCGACUGCAUCGUCUACCUCAACGCCAGCAGAGAGGGGAGUAUACAUGCACUCAGGCACAGAUACAGGCGCUGUGACACGCACCGCGAGUCCCGACGCGCGCGGGCGUAGUCCAUUACUGCCUGACUUCGUAGACGCGCGUAUCCGCGCAGAGAUGGAAUCGCUACAGCACCGAUUCCCCGACGAAGACUCUGUGUACUGGGACCGGGCUGGCUCGGACGAAGAUGAGACCUCGUCUGAGUAUUCGUGUGACUCUGACGAGACGCCGGAUGACUUUGAUGAGGCGGAUCUGCAGCGGCUGACGCGUGAGCGCGGGUUCGGGCUUGGUUCGUGGAUUGAUCGGUUGGUUGAGUGGACGCUUUUCGGGGUUGAUGAGUGGCCUGUGGGAGUUCCGGCUGUGACGGCUGUUGCGGCGGAUGCUUCGCGGAUUGGUACAGCGGAAACUACUACUACUGUUACAUUUGAGGAACCUGUCUUGGUGGAUGGGCGGGAUGAUGAUACGCUUUCGCUUGGAUCGGCUGGGGAUGAGGGUUUGUCGGAUGGAGAGGGUUCUACUGGUAGUGCUGCUUCUAUUGAGAAGCCUGGGAGUCAGGGUGGCUGGGAGGAUGCUGGGUGGUUGUUCCGUUUGAUGAAGCGGGCGAUGAUAUGA